AUGGUAAAAGGAAAGAUACUUGCAAGCCCUGAGCCUAAAGCAAGUCCCUCUGCCCAUGCCAGGUACCAGAGCAUCCGCAGAACCAUCACCUCCAGGAGAGUCGAGAUUGAGGAGUUCCCUGGAGCCUCUUCGGGCAUCUUCCCUUCCUCAACCUCAACGCCUUCACUGUCUUCUCCAUCAUCUGGUCCAGUGGCAACAGCUUCAUCUACAUCUACUAUUAAUGUGUCAAGUCCGUCUUCUGCCACGCCAGCCUUAAAUCUUUCAUCAGCGACAUCAGCACACAACAGCUCAUCAUCCCUGCCUGCAACCCCGUCUUCAUCCGGUGCCACCGCCUCCUCCUCCUCCUCCUCUUCCACAACUUCCACAGCAGCAACGCAGUCCUCAUUGCCGUCUACCUCGGCGUCCCACCCCCAGGCGUCAAGCUGUGGCCCGUCGACGUCGACAUCCUCCUCCGGCAUUGAGCGAAUGGACAUGCUCCUCCAGCUACCAGCUGUCAAGUUCCUCACCAGAUCAGACUUCUUCAGCGUCCUGCACAUGAAUGAUGAAGCUUGCAUUGUAUAUGAGAGAAGUGCAUCCCUUCGCCACAUGAUAUCACGGAUAAGGCGUGAUCCAGCAGCAUUCACAAGAUAUCAGCACAACCGGGAUCUUGUUAACCUUGUAAACCAAUUUGCAUACAGAGAGCGGGAUUUGCCCUCUGGGUGGGAGGCCAAAUAUGAUCGAUCAGGAAAGCUUUUCUUCAUUGACCAUUCAAGUAAGACAACUUCAUUUAUGGAUCCAAGACUCCCUAUUGAUGCUCCUUUUGUGAAUGCCACCAAACUGGCAGUUCCAAGUGCCCAUCAUCGCCGCUCAAGGUCAUCGGGGGAAGAAGAGGCCUCACGGGUUCCCAUUCCCCCUCCACGCCCACCCACCACAAUUGGCAGUGUUUGUGGCGGCAUCGCUGCACACGUCACCCCAAACAUUCCUACUGCCUACAAUGACAAGGUGGUUGCUUGGCUGAGACAACCCAAUAUCAUGGAUAUAUUGUGCGAAAGACACAGUGGUCUGCGGACAUCGCCUGCGCUCCGAGAAAAAAUUAACUCCAUUAGAGUUGAUGGGACGUCAGCACUUGACAGGCUGAGUCAUGAUGUUGAUCUCACUAUAGUACUCAGUUUGUUUGAGCAUGAGAUUAUGUCUUACGUACCUCCUAUGGUUGGGAUAUCUCCGCGUGGUUCACCUCAGCCAUCUCCGCAAGCCUCUCCUGGACUACCCAGGGCUGCUGCUCGGGCACCAGCCCCGUACAGAAGGGACUUUGAGGCAAAACUCAGGAAUUUCUACAGGAAACUUGAAAGCAAAGGAUUUGGCCAAGGGCCCGGCAAGCUCAAGCUCAACAUUCGCCGUGACCACCUGUUGGAAGAUGCUUUCAACAAGGUCAUGGGGGCGAGCAAAAAGGAUUUACAAAAAUCAAAGCUGUACAUUACCUUUUAUGGGGAGGAAGGGCUUGACUAUGGAGGACCGUCUCGUGAAUUCUUCUUCCUCCUUUCUCGAGAGCUGUUUAACCCUUACUAUGGUUUAUUUGAAUAUUCAGCUAAUGAUACCUACACAGUACAGAUAUCACCAAUGUCUGCCUUUGUGGACAACUACCACGAGUGGUUCAGGUUCUGUGGCCGCGUAUUGGGGCUAGCACUCGUUCAUCAGUAUUUGCUUGAUGCCUUCUUUACAAGACCAUUCUACAAAGCAUUGCUCAGGAGUCCUGUUUCAUUAUCAGAUGUUGAGUCUCUAGAUUCAGAGUUUCAUCAAAGUCUUCUCUGGGUGAAGGACAAUGACAUUACAGACAUGUUAGAGCUGACAUUUUGUGUCACAGAAGAGAUAUGUGGCCAUGUUGUUGAGAAAGAUCUGAAGCCAGGAGGCAAAAAUAUCGCAGUUACAGAAAGAAAUAAAAAGGAAUACCUUGAGAGAAUGGUGCGAUGGAGACUGGAGCGUGGGGUCAGUGAGCAGACAGAGAGCAUGGUAAGAGGAUUUUACGAAGUGAUUGAUCCAAGGCUGGUUGGGGUGUUCGACGCCAGAGAACUUGAGCUGGUCAUUGCUGGCACUCUGGAAAUUGAUGUUGCUGACUGGAGGAAGAACACAGAGUACAGAUCAGGCUACCAUGAUUCGCAUCCUGUCAUCCAGUGGUUCUGGAUUGCUAUUGAACGCUUUGAUAAUGAGCGCCGUCUGCGUCUACUACAGUUUGUGACAGGCACCUCAAGUAUUCCAUAUGAAGGUUUUGCUGCACUCAGAGGUAGCAACGGACCACGGAGAUUUUGCAUAGAAAAGUGGGGAAAACCAUCCAGUCUGCCAAGAGCUCAUACCUGUUUCAACCGUCUGGAUCUCCCGCCUUACCCCUCACCAGAGAUGCUUUAUGACAAACUGCUGCUGGCCGUAGAGGAAACAUCAACAUUCGGCAUUGAGUAAUGGAUCCAUUUUGUUUCCUUUCACAUUUGUACGUAAAAUUUAUGCCUGAAGUUAAUUGUAGAAGUAACUUCAUGACAUAUUGUUAUUUAUUGCUAUUUUGAUAUUAUUGUUUUUUGAAAGUUUGAGCUUUCAGAAGUGAGUAAGCAGUUCUAAUAUCAUUUGACCAUUUCUCAUGUAUUAGACUUGUGUUUGGAAUCUAGGUGUUGAUUCUUUUGACUUUGACAUUGUAUUAACCCUAUGUAUAGCUCAGCAUUAAAAGCCUAGGCAUUAUGAAGGCCAGUUUGGAAAGUAUUGAUCAUAGGAGAUAGAACAUAAGCUUAUAUUUAUCUAUUUAUAUGACAUUUUGGCAUUGCAUGGAAGAGCAAAUUUGUUUGUGAUAUUUAAUGUUAAAUGUAAAUAGUUGGAGGAAAAGUGGGAAGUUCAUUGAUUUAGCUUUCUUUAGCAAAGUUUUCCUGAAUUAUGAUACAGUGCAUUGCAAACAGAAAGCAUCAUUGACUUUGUAAUAUAAGUGUUAUUAUUUAUAUGGUCUGAACGUGUCUACCGGAGAGAAAUGUAUUGGUCACAGUUUGCAAAGUGACUACCAGCAAUAACCUAAGACUGUCCAGCGGAUGAUUCAAGCACUUAAUUCUGAGGUGAUUGGAAAGAACAACAUUUAUGGUGUGUCAGGGAAAUAAGCAUGUAAGAUUAUAGAUGGAUUUGAUUAUUCAUUGAUGGGUAUCAUGGUUUUUCAUCUGUUACUUAAAAGCUGUUACCUGUGAAUUAUUUCAAUCUUAUUUGUCUCUGUGGACAAUUGUUUUAGUUUUGUUAUCAUUAUGAUAAGGAUGAGGAUUGGGAUUAUGAUUAUUAUUCUUAUUAUGAUUAUAAUUGUAGUUAUAAUUAUUAUUAUUAUUAUUAUUAUUAUUAUUAUUAUUAUUAUUGUUGUUGUUGUUAUUGUUAUUGUUAUUUAUACUUUAAAUAUUAUUAUUAUUGUUAUUAUUAUUAUUAUUGUUAUUAUUAUUAUUAUUAUUAUUAUUAUUAUUAUUAUUUGAUUAUGAUUAUUACUAUUGAUUUAAUUAUUUGGAUUGUUUGAUUUUGUUUUUAUCUUUACCAUUAUUGUUAUCAUUAUUAUUUGUGAUUAGUUGAUUAUUUAGUUAAUUUGUUAUAUUAGUUUAAUCUGUUUUAUUUAUCUAGUUUUUUAUGGUCAUAUGUGUGUGUGAAGGGGGGGGGAGAGAGUGAGUGAGUGAGUGAGUGAGUGAGUGAGUGAGUGAGUGAGUGAGUGAGUGAGUGAGUGAGAGAGAGAGAGAGAGAGAGAGAGAGAGAGAGAGAGAGAGAGAGAGAGAGAGAGAGAGAGAGAGAGAGAGAGAGAGAGUGAGUGAGUGAGUGAGUGAGUGAGUGAGUGAAUUGAGUGAGUUUAUGGACAUGGAUGUGUCUGCACACACACAUCUCCCGUGACGCAUUGUGGGCGUUGGGAAUUCCUCACCAGUGUCUAGUUUCUGUACAAGGGUUACAUUUGCAUCUGCAACUUUGUGAAUUGAUUAUGCAUUUUUAUUCAUUUGUUAUCAUAUAUCAUUUAAAAGUGUGUACUUAAUAUGAAUAAAUAUUUUAUGUUGC